AUGGCGCCUCUCAAAUGGUCUCCCGACCGACUACCUGCUCUUUAUGCGUAUCACCUCGCCCUGCGUGGUGCGUCAGUCUAUCUGGCCUCCUGGUCAGAAGAGAAAGGUCUUGGUGCGAUCGCCAAAAUCAAGACAGCUAUCUCAGGGCUGAAUCUGUCAAAUCAGCCACAGCUUCAUCUCCUUGUCAUGGACCUGAUGUCUUUAAAAUCUGUUGUUGCUGCAGCGAGCAGAAUUCGCUCGGAAUGCACUCAAUUGCAUGGACUAGUCAACUCUGCUGGUAUCAUGGCGACCCCUUACCUACUAAGCGGGGAUGGCUAUGAAUCUCAAUUCCAAACGAAUUAUCUCUCGCAUUGGCUCCUGACAUACCACCUCCUUCCAUUGCUCGAGACCACUGCUCGAUCCACCACCGAGGGCACAGUUCGAAUCGUCAAUGUCAGUUCCAUGGGACACGCCGCAACCCUAAAAGAAGGGAUAACAUUUGAGGACGUGAGUCUGACGGAUAAAUUCACCUUCCGGAGGUACGCACAGAGUAAGCUCGGAAAUAUCCUUUAUGCAAGAUCAUCGCAUGAACGCUACGCCACCUCAAACAAUGACACCAAAAUAUGGUGCAUAUCCUUACAUCCCGGCAAUGUCGAUACACAGCUCAAUAUCAAAACGCUCGGACAAUCGACCCUCACUCCGAUUUUGAGGUGUUUGGGUACCUACAUCACUCCAGAACAAGGCAGCUAUAACUCUUUGUGGGCAUUUGCCGGAGAGGAUGUGCUGCUGGAGCACUCGGGGAAGUAUUUCAUUCCUGUGGCGGUGGAGAAGAAGCCAAGCAAGCAGGCUGUAAAUGGGAAGCUAGCGAAAAGGUUGUGGAAAUGGACUGAAAGGGAGAUGGGAAAGAAAGGAAUGCUAAAGAUGGUAUGA